GGUUGUUAGCUAUGGCUAUGACUUUCAUAUGGAUGCAAGCCUAUUACCGGAUAGCGAGCGAGUCUUGUUUUCACCUUUUGGUCAGCAUGCAGUGGUAUCACGCUCCGUCAGUUGAUGUGGGAGGAAUGCCCCCUAAAAGACAAAGGCUAGCAGAUCAACUGUCAUAAUCGUGGCAAAUCUUGGAUUCAACCCCGUGAUCAGCGGAUCCUGGUAACCCAGAGACAACUACGCGCAGCGAACCACAUCUCCAUGACGUCAUACUUAUAGAUGGUCAUGAUGACAUCCCAUGAAACAAUAGUUAUGACGCUCUGAAACAAUGACGUCAUGACGUGAACUAUGACGUGUCGGUGCUCAUCUAAUCGAACUUAACUGACAGGAACAUGUCAUUCAAGUAGAUGUACGAAAGGGCGUUUGUAAGAAGUGUCAACAAGGUAAGUGUAUGUCAGCAGGAGUCCUUCAGAUGCACAAGUAGCUAACUUCACAGGAUAACACACCUACAACCAGUUUUCAAACAGUACUGGAUUCGCACACAACUGUGCCAUUGGGAGAUGUGUAUUGAGAACGUGGCUGCAGGAAGGAAGCUCGGCUCCAGAAAACUCCAUUCUGUCACCGAAGGAAUCUUUAUUGGAUUGAGAUCCUUGAGGACCCCGAAGACUUGAAGACGCACUCAACUCAUAGGACUUGACAUGACCAGAAACUGAACAAUGCCUGUUCUCAGAAUUCGUGUCCUGAAGCAUUGGACAUUUAUACUGGUACUGGUGCUGUUCGUAUAUAUUUGGUAUCAAUCUCAGACAGACUGGAUUUACAAAUCGGGUAGAGAUAUUCCUUCUAAAGGUACACGGAGUAAAUUGGAAAUCAGGGUCCAUAAAACUCUCGUUGUUAAUGAUCAUGAAGUAUCAAAGAUCACAACACAUCCUACACGGAAAAGAGGACAUGGCCAAUAUAUAGCAGUGCCUAAGUUCAGUGACCGUCACGUCAGAAAAGGGAUUCAGUCUUAUCAACCCUAUAGGAUGAAAAUGAACAAACCUUUCGAUGGAAGAAGAUCUGAACGGCCCUUUGUGAACAGUAUAAGUGAAAGAGAGAGGGUGAUGGUCAGGCAAGAUAAUGAAACCCAGAAAACGAAAGCAAAGAAUUCCUUAAACAAGAUUUCCCCUCAAAUCAGAAAGGUAGAACAAAGACAAAUAAACCCGAACGAGGUUAAACAAAUGCUUGCAAAUGUCCAAAACUGGUUUCAUGUAAGGCAUGAAUCCGAAAAGGAUGCAUUACUUAACAGACAUGAAUUUGUAUAUCAUCUGAACUCAAAGGUUUGCAAUGGUGACAUUAACAUAUUGAUAUUCGUACACUCAGCUCCUAAUAACAUUGAGAAAAGGAAUGAUAUACGUGACACAUGGGGAUCUGUACAGAGGCACGGAAAUUUAUCCAUUGCUAUUGUGUUUAUGUGUGGAGAGACAACAGACCGUGCCCUGCAAGAACAACUAAUCAGAGAAUCUGGUACAUAUGGUGACAUAGUUCAAGGCAACUUUCUGGACUCGUACAGAAAUCUGACUUACAAACACGUGAUGGCUCUUUGCUGGAUCACGUCACAAUGCCAUGACGUUAAAACUGUUGUCAAGGUUGAUGACGAUGUUCUCAUCAAUAUUUUCAAGCUGGUCAGUUAUUCUGUUCAGAUUGGUCACCACCAUAAUAAUCUUUACUGUUCCGCCUUUCAGAGAGGGAAACCGAAGAGGGAUACUAGCGAUAAAUGGUACACCCCUGAAGAACAGUACCCAUUUGAGUUAUACCCUCCUUACUGCGAGGGUCUGGCCUACAUAACGUCUGUGGAUGAAGUUAAAGCGUUGUGUAAAGCGUCUGAAGACACGAAAUUCUAUUGGGUGGAUGAUACUUUCGUCACUGGUAUUCUUGCGCAGAAAGCAGGAUUGUCACUCAGUUCCUUUAAGAGACAUCACGAGUAUGUGAAAAAUGGGCGAGAUCAUCAUACUUCAUUUCAGUCUGUGUUGUUUUUUCUAGAGUAUAAGAACUGGACUUCUUUAUGGCAAAAAUUGGUGACAAUAAAGAACAUGUUUUAA